ACAACUUCAGAGAAAGAGGAGGCAGAGAGCGUGGGGGAGAGAGAUGGAAGCGACGGCCUUGAGCUUGGCGAGGUCCGUGCUGGACGGAGUCCUGAGAAGAGCUGGUUCCACCGUCGCCGACGAGGUCGCGCGCCUCAUCGGCGUGCCGAAGGAGGUGGAGUUCAUCCGCAACGAGCUGGAGAUGAUGCAGUCCUUACUCAAGGUGGCCUCGGCCCACCCCGAAGCCGCUGGGCGCACCGACACCGUCAGGACGUGGGUGAAGCAGGUGCGCGACCUCGCGUACGACGUCGAGGACUGCCUCCUCGACUUCGCUCUGUACGCGGCCAGGACGUCGUCAUCGCGGACCGGCUCCUGGCGCCCCGGCGCCCUCGCCGAGCGCCACCGCAUCGCCGACCGGAUCCGGGACCUCAAGGCCAGCGUCGAGGAGCUGAACCAGCGCAACCUGCGGUACCACAUCAUCGUCGACCUCCCCGCGGCCCGUGCAGAGGAGCAGGCUGCUGUGCUUCCCGACCACGAUGUGCACUCAGCCGAGCUCGCGUUCCAGGAGUCCGAUAUCAUCGGCCGGCGCAACGAGAAGGCUAAGCUGACGAAGCUGAUCUCAGGAGCGGAGCCAGAAAUUAUCCAUGAGAGGGACCAAGUAGCAACACGUUCAUCAUUAGGGGGGCUAAUAUCAAUUUUUUUGUCUAACUUCAUGGAAAGUUUUUUUGUACUAGCAAGGAGUCCACCUAGCGCCAGGCCCCCUUCCCCACGCAGCAACGGCGCGCUGCGCGUGGUGUCGGUGUGGGGGAUGGGUGGCAUGGGGAAAUCAUCGCUGGUGCGGAUGGUGCACAACGACCCGGAGCUCCUCGAUGAGUUCGACUGUGGCGCAUGGGUCACCGUACCGCACCCGCUCGACAACCCCGACGUGUUCAGGCGGCGGCUGAGCAAGGAGCUCGGCGUGGCAAAUGGCCAGCACCUCGGGGUGCACCUGCGGGAGAAACGGUACCGGGUCAUAGUUGACGACCUGCUUAACCGGGAGGAGUGGGAGCAUAUAUGGAGAGUUUUUCAGUUCGAAAACAACAAGGGAAGCUGUAUCAUCGUGACGACGCGCCGGGAGGACGUCGCCCUGCACUGCGCGAGGGCGGGGCAUGUGCCGGAGGGACACGAGCUUAUCUACGAGCUGAAACCACUAGGGGAUGCUGAGUCCAUGGAUCUCCUUUGUUCGAAGGUCUACAAAACAACUAAGUACACUUUGCCGGCAGACAUGGCGGAGCAAGCCAGCCAUAUCUUGAGGAGAUGCCAUGGGCUUCCCCUUGCUAUAUCUACAAUAGGAGGUCUCCUCGCCAAUAGACCUAAAACAGGAACAGAAUGGAGGAAUCUUCAUGAACAUCUUAGAGCAGAGCUGGAGUCUGACCUAAACAACAUCCCCAAGGUGAUUGUCUCAAGUUAUGAUGGCUUGCCGUAUCACCUGAAGUCGAUCUUCUUGUACCUCAGUAUCUUUCCUGAGAACCAUGAGAUCAGACGCACCCGCUUGCUGAGGCGGUGGAUGGCGGAAGGCUACAUAACAAGGAAACGUGACAUGCCCGUGGAGGAUGUAGGAGAGCGUUUCUACAGUGAGCUCAUUAACAGAAGCAUGAUUCAACCUGCCAAGGUCAGCCCUGGAGUUAGAGCUGAUCGCUGUCGGGUUCAUAGCAUGGUGCUCCAAAUAAUCCUGUCCAAGUCCAUCGAGGAGAACCAACUAUUCCUCAUCGAGAAGCAGUCCAAUGAGGCUCCACAAAGUAAGAUACGUCACCUGGUAGUAUCCAGAUGGAAGAGGAGGGAUGAAAAGCUGCAAAACAUAAACUUAUCAUAUAUCCGAUCGUUGACGAUCUUCGGGGAGUACCCUUCAUCUCUCAUCUCUCCAGAAAUGCAGCUGUUGCGAGUGUUGGACCUGGAGGACACAGUCAAUCUAAAGAAUGAUGACCUCAAGCACAUAGGGGAGCUGCAACACUUAAGGUAUUUGUGCCUGCGAGGAACGGAUAUUUCUAAGCUUCCAUCUUCCUUGCAGAACCUUCGAUACCUGGAGACAUUAGAUAUCCAAGACACACGGGUGACACAACUCCCCUGCGGCAUUGCCAAACUUGAGAAGUUGUGUUAUCUUCUUGCUGGUGUCAACUUCUCGAAAGAUUUUCUUAAGAUAGGGGAGUCACUGAAGGUCAACCAUAAAUCCAGCCUUUCUCACAUAGAAGCCCUAUGGUGCAACGGCAGUGAGUGUUGCAAGGUUUUCAACGUGGACCAAUUCAGUGUAAGGGCUCCUGAAGGAAUUGAGAAGUUAAAGAACUUGCACAUGUUAGGGGUGGUCAAUUUUGGCAAGGGUAAUGGUGUGGUAGGGAGGCUCAAGAAGCUGACGAACUUGACAAAUCUGCGAAGGUUAGGGGUCACAGGGCUUACCAAUAAAGAAGGACAUGAGUUGUGCAAGUCGAUAGGAGAGUUCAGUCGGUUGCAACGGCUCGAAAUGCGCUCUGACUCACUUGAAUUUCUUAUCAUGAUGGAUGAAUCAGCAAUACCUAGACAUCUAGUUUCACUGAGGCUGUGCGGUAAGGUCAGCAGGCUGCCUGAAUGGAUCAGUUCACUCAAUGAUUUAGCAAAGGUGAAGCUACUGGGGACAGAACUGAAGCAGGAAGACAUCUUGCGCCUUCAAAACUUGCGUAACCUGACUUUACUAGGCCUGUGGGAAAACUCUUACAUAGGGAAUUCAUUGCAUUUCAUCGCUGGUAAAUUCCUAAAGCUCAAGUUCCUUGACAUUGAUAGGCAAGCGAGGAUUGAGACAAUAGAAAUCGAGGAAGGUGCGAUGCCUGAGCUUGAGCAACUUUGGGUGAACAAGUGCCCAUCCCUGCAAGACAACGAGAAUGGCUUGUCUGGAGUGCAGUACCUGCUGAACCUAAAUGAGCUUCUUCUGAAGAAUUGUGGUGAGAAAAGGAACCUGAUUAUGAUAUUGCAAGGACAAGUCAAUAGACACAUAAGGCGCCCUAAAUUCUUCAUUGGAAGUCGAUUCCACUCUCUACUAACUAGUGAAGGUGUCCACAGGCAUGACAACUGAGCAAUGAAGAUGCUGGUUAGAGGAUAGAAGUUGUAUCAUUUAUGGAGAUAGAAUAUAUACUAUAAAAAAUCUUGUCUCUAGUGUUACCAUAUGUAUCUGGAAGUGAACAUAAUAACAAAAUAGCUUAAUGUUCCUUGUCUAUAGAACAGCAUGUAUUUUGAGAGUUAAACCCCGUCUUGUU